UGUGUGACUCCUGAGUAUCUCUACUUUCAAGUUUCAAGUCUCCGCUUGUUGACAUUUGACAUUUCACCUUUCAAAGUUUAAACCCCAUUAUUUUUUCUUAAAGAAGAAUAUAUUUCCUGUUUGCUACGAGCUCAACCUUCGCUCGAUGAGACGCAGAGCUCGUGCAGCCAUUGAAUCAACUAAGCUUAUGCAAGACAAGCACAGAGAAAUAGCAUCUUAUUCUAGGGUCUGGUUGUAGUGUAAAGAAUUGGGUUUGCCUCAAAUUAUGGAGAAGAAUUUUCUUCUGCUCGUUGGGAUUUUGUUGUUACAGCUUGUGGUUCAUUGCUCUGGUUCUGAUUUGAAGGUAGAAGACGGUGCAAAAACUGAUUUAGAUCCAAAAGUUUCAUUAACUUCGAAAAAUUCGAACACUUCGGGUGAUCAAACUAGCUCCGAUUCAAAUGCUAUUGACAUUAAAAAAAUGAAGGAAGACAGAGAUCAGGUUGGUGCAUCAAAGGAGGGUGUUGGGAAUGCUGUAGACAAGAGCAAUCCAAGUAAGGAAGUCGGCUUAAAACAAUCUCAUGAUGUGCUAAAGAGUGGGAGAGGAUCGAGUGGGGGAUUUAAAAUGGAGGGUUAUGACAAGAAACAGAAGCCCAGUGAUGGGUUGGAAUCAAAGCAAUUGCCUAAGGAGGUGGAUAAUGGAGGAAAUGUGGUCACUGUGAACCCUGUGAGGAAGGAGGGCCCUGGGACCGAGGAAUGUGAUCCAGUUAAUAGGUGCACUGCUGAGGAGAGCAAGCUGGUUGCGUGUUUGAGAGUUCCCGGAAAUGAUUCACCCCAUCUUUCACUUUUAAUUCAGAACAAGGGUAAAGGCCCUCUCUUAGUUACCAUUGUAGCUCCUGAUUUUGUGGCGCUAGAAGAAACAAAAAUUCAACUUGAAGAGAAAGAGAACAAAAAGGUGAAAGUUUCUGUUGGAAAUGGAGGAACUGGCAGUUCAAUUGUCCUAAAAGCAGGAAAUGGUCAUUGCGACCUUGAUUUGAAGGACCUGAUCACACACAGUUCCAGAAAGGAGCCUGAGAAUUCUUCAAACCUAACCUAUACAAACUUCCUGACACAAAGACCUACCAUUGUGAUUGUAUUCUUUGCUUCACUACUGAUAUUGGCAGCGGCUUGGAUGUGCAUCAGCUUUAGACACAGGAGGCUCUCCAGCAAUGGGUUUAAAUAUCAGAAGCUAGACGAGGACCUGCCAGUUUCGAAUGAGGAAAAACCGGAGUUGCACAUUAAUGAUGGGUGGGAUAAUACUUGGGAUGAUAAUUGGGAUGAUGAGGAGGCACCCCACACACCCUCGAUGCCAAUCACGCCUAGCCUCUCUGGCAAAGGCCUUGCAUCACGACGGUUGAACAAGGAAGGUUGGAAAGAUUAGUUAAUUAGGUUGAGAAAGAGAUGAUAGAUGCAUGCGCCUGUUUGUUAUCUUAUCUUUUUGUCAUUCACAGAAAAAUAUCCGAUUUUUCAUUUCCCUAGCAGAUAUGGAAACUGGGAACAAGGUUUUUUUCCCCUUCUAUACCGGAAGCUAUCUGUCUUUGUGAACUUCUGCUUUUAUACUGGAUAAAACUUCAUGUAUGAGGAUUGAGUGCAGUAGGGAAGUUAAUUGCUUGAUCCCUUACCCAACUAAAAAGAGAGAGAACACAGAACAACAAACAACAGAGAUGGUUUGAAUA